GAGCUGCUUUACAAGGGAAGCUACCCAAAAGACGCAUCGGAGCAGAAAAAAGUGUUACAACUGAUGGAAAUAGCGGAACAGUACAAGGAAGCGUUUGCCGUAAAGGCUGUGUGGUCGAUGCUGGGAGAAAAAAUGCAACAAAUCUUACGCAUCGACUUUUCGGAGCGCAGCGAAGCGCAAUCGGUCACCGUAGAACGUAUCCUAAUCCUUACACGAAACGUGCUGCAAGUACCGGCUAACGUAGAAAGAGAACAGCAGCUAGAUGACGAUGCCAGUCUGCACGAUCGUUUGCUGUGGUCUCUGCACCAAACCUGCACCAUCGACACGGUCCUGUACGUCCUGGGAUCACCUCUAGAGCAACAAUAUUUCAUGCAUUCGCUGGAGAUCAUGAGCCUUGUCUAUCGCGAACAGCAGCCAGCGGCUCUGGCCGAUGCCACACUACAGCGCAGGACGGCCGAAAAGAAGGAAGACGAAAUGAAGCUCAUCCAAGCGCUGCACCCGGCGACGAAAACGACUAAGCAACUGCCAGCGGCACGCCAUUCCCGCUUCCGGGGGACGUACACGUUUGGCAACCUCAAAUCGGUAUCGGACAAUGACUACAUAUCGCACCAAUCGUUGAACAAAAUCAUGAAUGCGGACCUGGGCAUAGACAAGCAACGAAUUAAGAAGUCGUUCCGUCAAAUGAAGCAGCCGGACGAGGUUGAGAGGAAAAGUAUUUUGUCCGUUAGGAUGUGUUUGCGGGAGUAUUGCGUGGAAGUUCUAUGUCUGUUCAAUAACAUUGUGAAGCAAGCGAGGCGCUACUUGAGCCAGUUCGAAAAUACCGGAUCGGAAUUCCACGACGAUACGUACCUGCUGUGGGCGGUACGAUUUUUCAUGGAAUUCAACCGCCAUAACGGACUAAACAUCGAACUAGUGAGCGAGGCGCUGAGCAUGACCACGUUUCAUUGGAUCAUCACGAGAAUCGAGGGCUACAGCGAUCUGAUCGUUACCGACAAAACUCGCAAACGCGUAUGGUCCAAGCGCUUGCACAAUGCAAUACAGACCUACGAUGAGAUGAUAAGCAAUUUGCGUGCACUCAGCGGGCGGUCCGAUCCGGAUGCAAAGGAACUCCUCGCCGUGCUGCAGCAUAACAUUUUCUAUGCCGUUGAGUAUCGGGAAACUGUCAUUCAAUUGCUUUGUAAUUUCAACGAAACGUAUCAAACAAGGAGUUUUUUACGGGUGGUCAUAGAGGUGGCCAAUCGCUUCUUUUCUUUGCUCGAAAAGUUUUGUAACGGAACCAUCCGCGUGCAGGAACGUGCCAAAGCCAAGCGACAGCCAAAUCGCCGCACCGCUGCCACCGCAUCGGAUGCACCGCACAAGACACAGGAAGACCUCGAGGACGAAUGGUUAACGAUGGCACCGAAAGUAGCGGCAAUUCUGCCACACAUUCAAGACUCGCCGGAAUCACUACCAACGCCAUUCGAUGCGGCGUCCUCCGUUCCCAUCGAUGAACAGAGGGGAAGCUGCAUGAUACGUAUUCACGGGCUGCUCCGGGACGAGAAGUAUGAGGACGCGGUGAAGCUAAUGUACGCGGCACGUUCCGUCUGGACCACUGGGGAACACUGCUUUGGGUCGUCGCAAUCGACCCCGGAUGAGAACCUAAUGCUUUUGAAGGAAAUUUUUAUGGCCAAUAUAGCGGACG